AUGCAUUGUGCUGUAAUCUACAAAUUUCAUUGUUUAUUUAUUUAUCUACUUGUAUUUUCAACGAUGAGUGGAAACAAAGGCGAUCACAGAGAAGAUGUUGAAUACGUAUUGAAAGAAUUAAAAGAAGGUGCCCCACACGGUGAUCUGUUUGAGGUUACAUAUGGUGAGACCACUGUUGAUCAUAACACCGAAUUAACAAAAGAUGAGUCAAAAACAAAACCUGUAAUUGAAGUUGAUAAUACAAAAUUAAAAGCGAAAAAUCAGUUUUUGACAUUGGUAGUGAUUGAUCCGGAUGCGCCUUCCCGCGAUAAUCCUGCUAAUGGUCCAUAUCUUCAUUAUAUUGUGGCUAAUGCACAAAAAAUGGAUUUUAGCGAUGGAACAACCAUAUGCAAUUACAUGGGUCCAAGUCCUCCGAGUGGUACAGGACCACAUCGUUAUGUUUUCUUAUUGUAUAUCUCAAACGAUACGGUUCAACAUGAUAAAGUACAAGAUAGUCAACGUAAACAAUUUCAUAUACGUGAUUUUGUUCGUAAAAAUAAUCUUGGUCUAGAAGCAGCAAAAUAUUUUACAACAUCGGGUUAA